AUGAGGCGUACUGAAGAAGCCGGUGAAAACCCCAAGAUUUUAGAACCCGAUUGCAUUACAGCCGGCAAACACUCUUCUCCGAGUGGAGCUGUAUGGAAUGGCACCAACGAGUCGGAGAGGGUUAAACUAAUCAAGGAAAAGCCCAUCGAAUAUACAGAAAAAUUGUCUUUGAAGACCGACGAAGGGCAUGAAUAUACACUCUACGAUAUCCCCGAAAAAGUUCCCCCCAAUAGGGAAGAUGCCGACGUUAUCCUUAUCGAUGACGAGGAGUACCCCAACGAGUUGGAGCAUGAGGCUGCCGCGGAGUACGAUGCUAAAAUCGCGGAUGAUGUUCGGAACAGAACGUUCAAGAGGUUAUGUUGGGCACUUCACCCACAUCCAGAUGCUGUUCAGAGCAUGUAA